GGUCGUCUGGGGCGGAGUUAAUGGACUACUUGAGGUGGAGUGAAAAUUUGUCUCAUCGUAGAGUUUUACCAGUAGACUUUACAGUGUCUGAUGAGGUAAAACUUGGUGGUGUUGGGUUUAUUUUUGUACGGCUCUCUACUCGUGGCCAACAAUUAGAAAUAAAGGAGUGCGGGGGACAGGGCGCGAAUGGUGUUGGGCGGGCGGCGGUGGUAGCGGCGGGCGGCGGUGGUAGCGGCGGGCGGCGGGCGCGUCAGUCGGCGCUCGCAGCCCGCGCCUCGUGUCGCGCACCGCGCCCCAGCCGCGCCGAGCUCAUGAGUGCCGGGUAUUAUGCCGGCGCUCCGGGGCCGCUGUCCACGUGCCGCGUGCUCGCCGCCGCCGCCGCCGCCGCUACCGCCGCGUCGCGCGCCACCACCGCCACCGUCGCCGCCCCGAAUCCGCCGCCGCCUAUAGCUCGCGCUCCUCGAGACCGUACACAGAAACGCACGCGAUCACGCGUCCCACGUCUACCGGAAUGUGAAAAUGAAAUCGACCAGGCGUGUUCGGCACAUGAAGAUGCUAUACGUCAUAGUGAGAGUAAGAGUGGUGGCGACCGGCUGGCGACGCCUCGGAUGUCUCUGCUGGGAAAACCGCUCAGUUACCGCGCCACGCGACGCGACGCGCGAUAUCGCCGUCUACAGUCCAAGUUCUACAACUUCCUCGAACGACCCAGGGGUGUAAAGGCUGUCCUGUAUCAUAUGAUUGUGUUCCUGAUGGUGUUCAUGUGUUUGUCGCUGUCUGUAUUCUCUACGAUCGAAGAAUACGAGGCGAAGGCUGGGAUAGUUCUGUUUUACAUGGAAACUGUUGUUGUAAUCUGGUUUGCUAUCGAGUUCUUUCUAAGAUUAUGGUCAUCAGGAUGCAGAUCCCGGUAUCAAGGUUCUAUGGGUCGCCUCAAAUUUUUGAGGCGACCUUUCUGCAUAAUCGAUGUUACAACGAUCCUCGCUUCGUUAGUGGUGUUGGGCAUGGGCUCUUCUGGGCAAGUGUUUGCGGCGUCUGCUCUAAGAGGACUGCGGUUCUUCCAGAUACUUCGUAUGGUGCGAAUGGACCGCCGUGGCGGUACCUGGAAAUUACUAGGCUCCGUAGUUUACGCUCACCGACAGGAAUUAAUCACAACACUAUAUAUAGGAUUCCUUGGGCUGAUAUUUGCAUCAUUCUUAGUAUAUUUAGCAGAAAAAGAUGUGGCAGAUACAAAAUUCAAAAACUUUGCGGAAGCCCUUUGGUGGGGUGUUAUUACGCUGUGCACUGUGGGGUACGGUGAUAUGGUGCCACAGACGUGGCAAGGAAAAUUUAUCGCAUCUUUUUGUGCUUUACUCGGUAUAUCAUUCUUCGCGCUCCCUGCGGGUAUCUUGGGAUCUGGAUUUGCUUUGAAAGUACAACAGCAACAGCGUCAAAAGCAUAUGAUACGAAGACGUCAACCAGCAGCUACCCUUAUUCAAGCAUUAUGGCGAUGUUACGCAGCUGAUGAACAUUCCAUGAGUGUGGCUACAUGGAAAAUCCAUCAAGUCCCACUUCCCAGCCCGCAAACCAGUCGGGUGAUGAGUGCAUCAUUCAAGAACAAUGCGUCUUUUGUAUCCCGUCUGCCGACAAUUCGCCGGCACAAGAGCACCUCGCUACAUUCUCCCGCACCACACUCCAAACCGGCGCAUCGAUACGACGUCAACGCCAGUGCUGAAAACCUCGAUGAAGACGACGAACCACGCUGUGUGAUGCUGACCACACGACAUAAAGCGGCAAUUCGGUUUAUAAGAAAGCUCAAGUAUUUUGUCGCACGCAAGAGAUUUAGAGAAGCGUUGAAACCUUACGACGUGAAAGACGUGAUAGAACAAUACUCCUCGGGGCACGCUGAUCUACUAAACCGAACCAAGAACCUGCAAUACAGAUUAGACCAAAUACUUGGGAAACAAGGAUCAAAAGCUAAAGAUGUAUAUGCAUCCAAAAUCAGUCUUGCUUCCAGAGUAGUUAAAAUUGAAAGACAAGUAGAUGAUAUAGAAAGUAAGUUGGAUCAUUUAUUAGAAAUGUAUGAGGAAGAUAGACGAGGAACACGUCAGAUAUGCGGAGGAGGUGGUCCAGGUCACAGUGGCUCCUCAACGGAAGGCGCGCUGGCGCUCCGAGUCCGACCGGGGGCGUUGUCCGACAAACAGUGUUCGGAGCCCAACUCGCCGGUGUCUAGGGCGUUCGAGCAUCCAACACCUGCCUCCGCACAUCCUCUGCCGCAUAAACGACCUAUGCACAGGGGUUACUCAGAUUUAGGAACUAGAUUUAUGCGGAAAAAAGUCAUUGUUAAAACUUCGUCAAGUCGAAACGGUGAUUCUCCAAGAGACGAUGAAGUGGUAAUAGUUGUACCUACAGACAGGGAGGACACGCCUCCGCGGCUAGCAACUGAUAGUUCAGAAGUUUGUGCGAGUUGCUCGGUAGAUGUAGAGACGGAAGCGGAUGCUGGGGGCUCUCGCUCCGCAAGCUCCGGCUCCGCGUCAUGGUGUGAGGGAGAUGCGGGUGAGGAACGAGGCUACGGCUCCGGCGACUCGCUGGCUGAAGACGCGGCCCUGCUGGGCGACGUCGCGCAGCCGCCUCCGCGACUCGUGCGCGCGCAACGUCGUGAUGUUGCUGUCGACCUACAUCUCUUGCACCCUGAUGCCUGA